AAGCUCUAGGUGGGGACACAUCCUGUUUACAUCAACCAUUGAGUGAGCAGCUGGAUAGCAGGCUGGUGACAGCACUGAGCUGUGUAACAGUCACUAACACCAGAUACCUCUGUCUAGCUGGGUUCUGUCGGGCUCCAUUCAGUUCAUCUUCAGAAAAUGGAUUCUAUGGACGUUUAUCAUGGGAACAUCAGCCGGGAGACUGGGGAGAAGCUGCUGCUGGCUACGGGGAUGGAUGGCAGCUAUUUACUGCGAGACAGUGAGAGCGUCCCAGGAGUGUAUUGCCUGUGUGUGCUAUAUAAGGGUUAUGUUUAUACCUACAGAGUGUCCAAGACAGAUACAGGUUCCUGGAGUGCCGAGACUGCACCUGGGGUCCACAGAAGAUUGUUCCGGAAAGUACACAACUUAAUUACAGCAUUCCAGAAGCCAGAACAAGGCAUUAUAACGCCUCUGCAGCAUCCUGUAGUGAAUGCUGCAAAAGCCAAGCACCCACAAGGAAAAAAGGAAGAUCAUGACUUUUAUUUGCAUCCUUCAUGAAGACACAUCCCAGAGUUUGAAGUAAUUUAAAUAGGCUUUUAUGUGUCAUUUUUUUACACAAAAUGCUGUAGAUUAUAAACCUUACAACUCUAUGAGUUUUCCUGUAAUAUUUUCAGAAAUGUAUGUUUAAUGCAACUGCUAGUCUGCCCUUUAAAAGAUUGGCGUGAAUCUGUUAUUUUUUUUAUAAAGAUAUGGGAGAAAAAAAUAACCAGCAAUUGGAUGACUUAAUACUUUCAUUUUCUGUUGGUGCUUGGGAGCUUUCUGUCUGAAUAUUAGUUAGUCUUUUUACAUGAAGUUGGUGUUUGAAUUCUGAUUGAAAUUCAGUCCAGCAUAACUCCUAUGUAUAACUUAAGACCUACUUAUGGCCACAGAAUAGUGGCUUUUACAGUGCAGAUGCUUUGUGCAGGCUCUUUGAUCAAGGAUGAAUGUCACCCCAAGCAAAUUUCAAAGGUGCAGGCCUGUGUAUUUCCAGGAAUUUUUACAUUGGUAUCAUAUGCAUCAGCCACUUCUUGCUGGGUGUGCUGGCAUUCUUGUCCAAUCGGGGAAAAUAACCUGUACUAUCUGCCCAAGCUGAACAAUCAGAACUGACCGGCAACCUAGCAUGUUCAAUCUGUGAGCCAGCCAAAAUUUAAAACAAUGCGUUGAAUCUUUUUUGAGCAACAAAUGAAUUUGAGGACAUUGUUUACGGAUAUUCUGUGAGCUGGAGAACAGUGGCUAACUUUGUCAAAAAAAAUUAUCUUUUCCAUAGGAUUUGCCUGCUCUUCCUUUUCUUUCUGGGUGCCUAGGAUGGUGGCAUCUAGAUGCCAAAUCGUCCUCCAUUAUUGUGACUCCAAAUCUGAGCAACUAACCUUACCGCAGCCUCUGAUGUCAGACUGUAAUUUUCAAGACAAUUCAAGUGUGCAUGUGGCUUUUAGUACAAUUAGAACAAAUGUCUGUUAAACAGCAAGCUCAUCUCAACCUUGACGAUAGGGAUGGCACUGCCCAUCUAUAAUUAACAAAGAAUGAGAGACCAUUUUGAAUAGAUUUAAACUUUUAUCCUACUGGGCAUUUCAGAAAACAAUAAUCAUUUUUGUUUUACAGUAUUGCCAACGCCAAGUCAUAAAAAACCACGACUCUGCGUUCUUCCCCCAAAAAACAUUACGAGACUGACUUAAAAAUCAUCAGCGUUUUUUAAAAUAAUACUAUAUUUGGGUCUCUCUUUGCCUUCUCGUGUUUGAGCUUUUAGGGGGUCACGAUUUUUAAUCCACAACGUUGAGAGCUAGAAACUUAGUUUUUCUUAAAUGAAAGCUGAGGUAAUACACAUUGUGAGACUUUUGAUAAAAAUCCCCAAAGUUGGCAGCACUGGCUAACUAGGGAGCUUUCACUAGCUGUUGAAUGAUUAGGGUUUUCAACUACUCCUUUGGCCAAAAACAAUGUUGUGAGAAAACAUUUUCCUGUAAGUGAAGGUGGGCGGGCCUCCCAGUCCAACUGGUGCGCUGCUGCCCUUUGGGUCAUGGCAAACUGCUGAUGUACAAGCUGAGCCUAAGCAUAGUGCUGAAGGGAGUUUGAGUUGCUUACUGCCAUCACAGUUUAGGCCUAGGGAGGACUGAAGUGACUGGGGGAGGGAAGUCCCCGCACCUCCCUCCCCCCACCAUAAUUUGUCCCCUUCUCACUGUCUGUCCCUUAAGGCUUCCUGCAUGUAAAUAGAUGGUUGCACCAAUGCUACGCAGGGAUUCUUGGCCACCAGCGCUGCCCUCUGCUGGUAGGCACCAGCUGAUGCACUGGUCAUGUUGUGUGGACACUGGGGAAGAUGCUGCAGUUACGCCUCUUUGCCACCAUUGCCUUUAUCUAUGGGCUGGGGGCAAUUGGCUGCAGUCUCACUCUGUUUCCAGUGCACUGGUGCCUGAUCAGCAGCUCCGACAAUCAUGGCUGCAGAGGCCUCUCUGCCAGUCCUGCCCUACUCGCUUGGUCUGAUCCAUAUGCAACCAUAGUUUUGUCUGCAAAAAAAAAAGGGGCUUUGCUAAUGUCAUGGAGCAGGGCUGAAGUAGUGGAUGGGCCUUGCACUGGAAUGACUGCCACCCUGUGAGAGGGCUAACAUACACGAUGCUUGUAUGGGCAUGGCUAAUAAUUAGAUCAAGGAGCCUCCGUUGCCUGCUUGCUGAAAGCUUUGUUUAUGUACCUAGCUAAAGGCGUUUAUUUUCACUCAAGACAAACUAGAGUCUAGGGAGUGGACAAAGACAUCAGAUAAGCAGCAUCAGCAGAGCCAUGACUGGCAUAAAGAACCUUCAUUCCAAUCACAUUAGCAUUUGAUAAGUUGUUCCUUAACUGCCUAAAAUAAAAUAUUUAUUGUAAAGCACAAAAUUUUCCUUAUAAAACUGACUAAAUGUACCACCUAAACCUCCCAGACCUAGAGAAGGUGUCACAAAUCCAUUAACAUUUACAUGUUUAUUUUUUUCUCUAAAUUAUUUCCAGCUCUCAUUUAAGUUGAAACACCCAGCAAGUCCUACUUUUAAUGUAAUAUUUUAUACAAUACUUGUAUGUGUGUGUGUUGUUCUGUAGCUACUCAUUAUAUCAAUGCUUGGUUGAAAAGUUUUUCUGACUUAAUUGUUUUAUACUGUGGCAGAUCUGGACUGAUUUACUUUUCAAUAAAAUAUUUAAAGUUGCUCA